AGCUGUGGUGAGGCUCAAAGGCCACACAGAAGGAGCGUGUUCUGGAAAGCGUGCCAUGCCCUGUGAACUAGAAGAAGUCAAGUUCAGCAGCUGUGUGGGGACCAAGGGGACGCAAUACGAAACCAACAGCGUGGACUUCAAAGUCGGGGCAGACGGGACAGUCUUCGCCACCCGGGAGCUGCAGGUCCCCUCCGAGCAGGUGGCGUUCACGGUGACCGCGUGGGACAGCCAAACAGCAGAGAGAUGGGACGCCGUGGUACGGCUGCUGGUGGCCCAGACCUCGUCCCUGCACUCUGGACACAAGCCACAGAAAGGAAAGAAGAUCGUGGCCCUGGACCCCUCUCCGCCUCCGAAGGACACCCUGCUGCCGUGGCCUCGGCACCCGAACGCUGACGGGCUGAGGCGGCGCAAACGGGACUGGGUCAUCCCGCCCAUCAACGUGCCCGAGAACUCGCGCGGGCCCUUCCCUCAGCAGCUCGUCAGGAUCCGGUCCGACAAAGACAAUGACAUCCCCAUCCGGUACAGCAUCACGGGAGUGGGUGCCGACCAGCCCCCCAUGGAGGUCUUCAGCAUUGAUUCCAUGUCCGGCCGGAUGUACGUCACGCGGCCCAUGGACCGGGAGGAGCACGCCUCUUACCACCUCCGAGCCCACGCUGUGGACAUGAAUGGCAACAAGGUGGAGAACCCCAUCGACCUGUACAUCUACGUCAUCGACAUGAAUGACAACCGCCCCGAGUUCAUCAACCAGGUCUACAACGGCUCCGUGGACGAGGGCUCCAAGCCAGGAACCUACGUGAUGACCGUCACGGCCAACGAUGCUGACGACAGCACCACGGCCAACGGGAUGGUGCGGUACCGGAUCGUGACCCAGACCCCGCAGAGCCCGUCCCAGAAUAUGUUCACCAUCAACAGCGAGACUGGAGACAUCGUCACAGUGGCGGCUGGCCUGGACCGAGAGAAAGUUCAGCAGUACACAGUCAUCGUUCAGGCCACAGACAUGGAAGGAAAUCUCAACUAUGGCCUCUCAAACACAGCCACAGCCAUUAUCACGGUGACAGAUGUGAACGACAACCCGCCAGAAUUUACCGCCAGCACGUUUGCAGGGGAGGUGCCCGAAAACCGUGUGGAGACCGUGGUCGCAAACCUCACGGUGAUGGACCGAGAUCAGCCUCACUCUCCAAACUGGAACGCCAUUUACCGCAUCAUCAGUGGGGAUCCCUCCGGGCACUUCAGCGUCCGCACAGACCCCGUCACCAAUGAAGGCAUGGUCACCGUGGUGAAGGCAGUCGACUACGAGCUCAACAGAGCCUUCAUGCUCACGGUGAUGGUGUCCAACCAGGCGCCCCUGGCCAGCGGGAUCCAGAUGUCCUUCCAGUCCACGGCAGGGGUGACCAUCUCCGUCAUGGACAUCAAUGAGGCUCCCUACUUCCCCUCAAACCACAAGCUGAUCCGCCUGGAGGAGGGCGUGCCCCCUGGCACCGUGCUGACCACGUUUUCAGCUGUGGACCCUGACCGGUUCAUGCAGCAGGCUGUGAGAUACUCAAAGCUGUCGGACCCAGCGAACUGGCUGCACAUCAAUGCCACCAACGGCCAGAUCACCACAGCGGCAGUGCUGGACCGCGAGUCCCUCUACACCAAAAACAACGUCUACGAGGCCACCUUCCUGGCAGCUGACAAUGGGAUACCCCCGGCCAGCGGCACCGGAACCUUCCAGAUCUAUCUCAUUGACAUCAACGACAAUGCCCCUGAGCUGCUGCCCAAGGAGGCACAGAUCUGCGAGAAGCCCAACCUGAACGCCAUCAACAUCACAGCAGCUGACGCCGACGUCGACCCCAACAUCGGCCCCUACGUCUUCGAGCUGCCCUUUGUCCCGGCGGCUGUGCGGAAGAACUGGACCAUCACCCGCCUAAACGGUGACUAUGCCCAACUCAGCUUGCGCAUCCUGUACCUGGAGGCCGGGAUGUAUGAUGUCCCCAUCAUCGUCACAGACUCUGGAAACCCUCCCCUGUCCAACACAUCCAUCAUCAAAGUCAAGGUGUGUCCAUGUGACGACAACGGGGACUGCACCACCAUUGGUGCAGUGGCAGCGGCUGGUCUGGGCACCGGCGCCAUCGUGGCCAUCCUCAUCUGCAUCCUCAUCCUGCUGACCAUGGUCCUGCUGUUUGUCAUGUGGAUGAAGCGGCGGGAGAAGGAGCGCCACACCAAGCAGCUGCUCAUUGACCCCGAGGACGACGUCCGUGACAACAUCCUUAAGUAUGACGAGGAAGGUGGCGGCGAGGAGGACCAGGACUACGACCUCAGCCAGCUGCAGCAGCCGGAAGCCAUGGGGCACGUGCCAAGCAAAGCCCCCGGCGUGCGUCGCGUGGAUGAGCGGCCGGUGGGUGCCGAGCCCCAGUACCCGGUCAGGCCCAUGGUGCCACACCCAGGCGACAUCGGUGACUUCAUCAACGAGGGACUCCGGGCUGCCGACAACGACCCCACGGCACCCCCCUAUGACUCCCUGCUGGUCUUCGACUACGAGGGGAGCGGCUCCACCGCAGGCUCCGUCAGCUCCCUGAACUCAUCCAGUUCCGGGGACCAAGACUACGAUUACCUCAACGAUUGGGGGCCCAGAUUCAAGAAGCUGGCGGACAUGUAUGGAGGCGGUGAAGAGGAUUGACUGACCUUGCGUCUUCGCACCCGAAGUGAGAGCCGCACUCGGACGCCGGAGGAGCAGGACUGAGCAGAGGCGGCCGGUCUUCCUGACUCUCCCUGCAGACGUGUCCUUAGUGCUGUUAGAAGGCCCCCACCCCCACGUUGAGCUGUCUAGCAUGAGCACCCACCCCACGGCGCCCUGCACACGGCCGCUGCCCAGCACCGCACCAGCUGGCACUGAAGGACAGCAAGAGGCACUCUGUCUUCACUUGAAUUUCCUAGAACAGAAGCACUGUUUUUAAAAAAAAAAAAAAAAGAAAGAAAAGAAA